AUGUUACUAGGAAAUCGGGCAGUAAAUGGAGCCGCUACACAGUUGUCAACACAUUCUGAGAGCUGGUCUGCAGAAAAGGCCAUUGACAGUAAUCGAGGUCUCCAGCAGUUGAAUACUGGAUGUUCAUCAACCCGUGAUGAGAAUAACCCAUGGUGGAGGCUGGAUCUGCGUGAUAUUUACAGAGUUAGAGAAGUGGUCAUCACUAACAGAAAUGACUGCUGUGCAGAACGAAUAAAUGGAGCAGAGAUUCACAUCGGAAACUCUUUGGAAAACAACGGCAACAACAAUCCCUUAUGUGCUGUUAUUCCUGCUAUUCCAGCAGGAGAGUCCUACAACUACUCAUGUGAUGGGAUGGAGGGACGAUAUGUGAAUCUGAUCAUUCCUGGAGACAAGAAGAUACUCACUCUGUGUGAGGUGGAGGUCUAUGGAGAAGUUCCCUGCUUAAAAAGAUCAUUUGUAAGGAUGCAGUUUAACUCCAGAGCUGAUUUGACUGACCCUUCGAUGAAGGAAAACGUUCUGAAACAGUUGGGAUCUGCUCUUGCUGAUAGAGGACUCACAGAUGUGACACUGAGAUGGUCUCAAACUCCUAAACAGGUGAUCCAGAAGGCGAACGCUGACAAACGUCGAUGUGGCAAAGGAAAAUAAAACUCUGGAAUUCAA